ACCAAGCACAACGGUCAGCGUCCAGACCGACAGCGCUCGAUGUUGGUCAGGCUUGUAAAAGCUCUCCACUAUAUGUUAAGUCCAUACAAGAAGCGUCCAUUAAGGUAGACGAGGUAUUAUGUUGUCCCCGGUAGUAUGGCUCGAGAUCCUUGACGUUGCACGUGAAAAGCCGUUACUCCGGAGCAGGCCUCUACCGGCAAAUGUGUAUACAACGAGACAUCGAAAUGGACUGACCUUCUCGACCUCGGGCAAACGAAGUACUACUGCCCCGCGGGAGAGCUUCUCCACGUUAAUGCGCGACUUUGGGGGCAGGAGGCCCACAGGGCGCUCCGCCGGUUCGGUGGACCGAGUCGUUGGCGGCGGCGGGCAAGUGGAACAACGUAGCAGGGCGACUGUUAACAGGCAAAGCACGCUAGGCCAGGUUGCGUCGGCUCGUUGCUCGUGGGAGCGGAAUGCGUGGGCGGCCGGGGGUAGCUUGAAUCGUGUCUUUAUGCUGCGGAUAAAUGCGAGUAGAGUAGAUUGACAUGUAGUGAUAAGUUAAGAGCGCUGGAACAAUCACAAGAACAGAGGCCGUGACCUACCAAGACGCAUCACCCCGACUGACCUCGGAGCCGCAUAUAAGGGCCAGAAGCGCCUUAGCGAUUGGACUGUAUGACGUCCCUAAUCGAAGCUCACAAUUGCCAACCUGCUCGGACAACAGGAACCCGCACGGACCAGGCAUCAAUUAGCCCCAUUCUACCGCGUGCUCGACGC